AUGGGUUCUCCAAAAACAUCUUCCUCCUGGAUAUGGUACUCCGGAACCACAAGCAGUGGUCGAAACUUGGCAUCCCUGGACGUGGCGAAAGCGUUCGACUCUGUGGCCCAUCGUACCAUCAAGGAAACCCUUCAGAUGAUGGGGAUCCCCAACCCAAUGACACACUAUAUAAGUGAUGUCUAUGACCGGAGUACCACCGUACUUUCGUGCGGUGGCGCGACCUCCCAGGAAUUUCACCCCAGGUGUGGGGUGAAGCAGGGUGACCCCAUGUCACCCUGCAUAUUUAAUAUGAUCAUGGACAGUCUCCUUCGGAAGAUACCGAAGGAGGUAGGGGCCGACCUGGGAGAAGGCGUGACAGUGAACGGUGUAGCCUUUGCAGACGACCUGGUGUUUGUGGCGUCUACACCAGUAGGGCUACAAACUACCAUCGACAUAGUGGGUAGACAUCUAGCACUAUGUGGCCUCACUGUAAACUCUGGGAAGAGCUUGACAGUAUCCUUGGAAGUCAUCCCCAAGGAGAAGAAAACGGUGGUGAACCUGCGACAGGUAUUCACCUGUAACAGCAAACCGUUGCAAGCUCUCAAGCGGUCAGACCAGUGGCACUACCUGGACGUGCCCUUCAAGCCAGAAGGACACAUGGCAACUCGGCCUCUGGACCAUCUAAAGGAGCUUCUGGACACCAUCGGCAAAGCUCCCUUGAAGCCUCAGCAAUGGAUGUUUGGCUUUCGUGCCGUCGCUAUACCAUCAGCUCUCUAUGGGCUCAACCACAGUGGGACUGCUCAACAGAGUGGACCGCUGUGUGAGGACGGCAGUGAGAAAGUGGCUAGGUCUCCCAGAUAG